UUCAGGGGUUGGACUUGAAAACGCUUGGCACCGUCGUCCUCGUGGAGAACAUCCAAGUGCUCACAUUCCUCCCUUUCUUGUCAGGGACUUCUGGGGUGGCCCGGGGCGUGAUGCAAGGAAGCAGGGGAGGGGGGGGGUAGUGGCAGAAAACCAAACCUCUCUCUCUGAGUCCAUUCAGACUCGAGAGAGGUGCACCGUCAGACACGUGGGACACAUGGGGUUGCCAGUAUUGGAAGUUGUCCCCAAUUGACAUCAAAAUGGACGUUGCCUACUUUUUGCUGCUUUUGGCCUUAAUGGGAGAGCGCCAGUUGGUCUGCGGAGGUUGUUUGGGUAAAUGCUGCAGCGGCCGAGACCAGAGCUGCACCUCCAAGGACUGGAGGAUGGAUCGCGUCUACGGGACUUGCUACUGCGACCGCGGCUGCGUCGCAACACGGGACUGCUGUUCGGACUACUUUGCCCACUGCCCAGCUCAGGCGUGUUCAGUGAAAGCUUGGAGCUUCUGGAGCGGCUGCGCCGAGCCAUGCCGACCCUCCUGGCGCGUGCGGGUGCGACACAUAGCCGAGCGACCCGCUAACGGUGGCGAGCCCUGUCCGGCCUUGGAGGAGCGGGCCGGCUGCAUGGACUACAGAGACCGCCGGGGAACCCCGUGUGGACUGCACACAGGGCCUGCAUUUAUCACCAGCCUGGAGUUCGGCAAGGCGAGGCCCAAGAUGGGCAGCUACGGGAGCCCUUUGGAAGUAGGGUUCUGCGUGGAAUUCUCUUUGGAGUCACGCUCCCCUCACUGCACAUCAGAGAACCGUCCGCAUACACGUUGGAUGCGCUACAUCACCGAAGGUUUCACGGUGUGUGUGGCGUGCCAGCCGCCCGCCAUGCGCAACCACAGCCAAGGUUGCCAAGGAGACGGCCAGGACAUGGACAGGGAUGCUGUGCUGCAGUGGCAGGCGGUGGGCAACGCUCGGUGCAGCGGCACGUGGAGGAGAAUCCGCAAAACGCAGCAGUGCACUUGUCCACCGCAGCACAGCUUUGUCUUCAUCUGACCGAACUUGUAUAAAAGGUCCCUCAAAAAGACUCAGUGAAUAUAAAACAUGGCGAUAAAUGGCCUCCCCGAAGGACUUCAGAAAAUAUCUGCCAAAAGGCACAAUCUGUAAAAUAAUAUACUUUUUUGGGAGGGGGAUUAUACCUACUUAUUGUAUUUUUUUUUCUUCUCGACCUUUUUAUAUUUAUUUAUUCCAAUCACGUUUUCACUGUUCUAGAUCAUUAAACUGGCAACAAAGGAAAGAUUUGCACUAAAAAAAAAAUCUCACAUGUAAGCGCUCUGUAUGUAUAUAUUUGCCACAUGACGUUAGCUAAGCUGAUGACUUACAAUGCAAAAACAAUUUUGAUGUGAACAAGAAACGGCACACAAAGUAAAUACUGUAUUCUAACUCUGCCCUCUAGUGGCACAUAAUCUUAGUGCAUGUUAGUCCACUUUGUGGGUCAUCUCCAAAACCCUCCGGCGGUCGUUUAGCAUCAAACUCAUAAUCCUGCCAAUUGCUUUUUCGAUAACCCUAACCCGCACCAGUCUACUGACGUCAUAAAUAAAUACAUAAGAAAAGAGGACCACCAAUUGAGGCUCAUUCUGUUAGUCCAACUCACCCGAUCAUUUCCUCUCCCGACUGACAAAGUGUCGACAUCUGUAAAACAGGAAGACAAUGAUUUAAUUUGUCAUUCAAUGAUAAUAAAAACACGUAUACAAAAAUAUUAGUAAAGUCAAAUGGCUUCAUUGAAGGUA